AUUAUGAUAGGACAAAAUUAGAUGUAAAAAGAAAGAUAUCGACGAUAACAAGAGAUAUUUAAAAUAUCAAUAAAAUUACGAUAUCCUUAAUGGAAAAAGUAUUUAAAAAAAAGAUGAAUCGCCCUAACUUUUAUACAAAUAUAAUGUGACAAGAACAAGAAUCAAAGAUAAAUUAUUGAGUCAGUUUAAGCAGCCAAUGGAUGAACACCAUCCAUGUCCCCUGUUCUUACCCCCUCCUCCCCUGUUUUCAUGGGGACGCCUUUGAUUGAUUGGCCCAUCUCUCCCUCUCAUUGUUGGAGCUCCUCGUCUCCUUUAGGCUUUGGCUCAAUGGCUCUUUCUCCUACCUUUCGGCUUCCAAAUCCCUUCCCUCAUUAGACGAGGGAUUCGUGCUUCACCUCAUCUUGCUUCGCUGUCCAUACGUCAGUGACGCCCCCGCUGUUUCCUCUCAUUCUAAUUAAAGGGCGACGAGAGCUCUUUUAUAUCCCGCUUCUCUUGGUUAAUCCACGGCUUCCGCGUCCCAAUCCGUCGCUGUCUCAUCGAUCCUCGCUAUAAAAAUCUGAGCUUUAGCCCCACCAUCCCAUCAAAAUCCCACCUUGCGCCCCUCUCUCCUCGCACCUCCCAACAUGGGCACGGUUCCCAUGGCUUCGCUUGCCGUCUUCCUCCUCCUCGGCCUCGCCGCCGCCUUCGCCGCGCCGGACAUGUCGAUCAUUAGUUACGACGAGGAGCACGGCGCGCGGGGCUUGGAAAGGAGCGAGGAGGAGGUGCGGCGUAUGUACGACGCGUGGGUGGCGGAGCACGGGAGGGUGCACAACGCGCUGGGAGAGCGGGAGCGGCGGUUCGAGGUGUUCAAGGACAACCUGCGCUUCAUCGACGCCCACAACGCCGACGCCGAGGCGUACGGGUUCCUCCUUGGUCUCAACCGCUUCGCGGACCUCACCAACGAGGAGUACCGGGCGACGUACCUGGGCACGAGGGCCGGCGGCACUGCCCGCCGGCUCAGGGCCCCGAGCGACCGGUACAGGCACGAGGCGGGCGACGAGUUGCCGGAGUCCGUGGAUUGGAGGGAGAAGGGCGCCGUGGCAACCGUGAAGGACCAGGGGAGCUGCGGGAGUUGCUGGGCCUUCUCCACCAUCGCUGCGGUGGAAGGGGUAAACAAGAUCGUGACAGGCGAUCUGGUGACUCUGUCGGAGCAGGAGCUCGUGGACUGCGACAGCGCCUACAACCAGGGAUGCAAUGGCGGACUCAUGGACUAUGCUUUCGAGUUCAUCAUCGGCAACGGUGGCGUCGACACCGAGGACGACUACCCUUACAAGGCCCGCGACGGGAAGUGCGACCAACUCCGAAAACUUGCUAAAGUUGUGGUGAUCGAUGGAUACGAAGACGUACCUGCGAACGAUGAGAAGGCCCUGCAGAAGGCUGUCGCGAACCAACCUGUGAGUGUUGCCAUUGAGGCUGGCGGCAGGGAAUUCCAGCUCUACAAAUCGGGAGUUUUCACAGGAAGAUGUGGCACAAAGCUGGAUCAUGGUGUAGUUGUUGUUGGCUAUGGUACUGAAAAUGGCAAGGAUUACUGGAUCGUCAGGAACUCAUGGAGCAGUGACUGGGGAGAGGCUGGCUAUAUCAGGAUGGAGCGCAACUUGAACACAUCCACCGGCAAGUGCGGGAUCGCGAUAGAACCUUCUUACCCCACAAAGAAGGGUCAGAAUCCGCCCAAUCCUGGACCGAGUCCUCCCUCGCCCGUGAGCCCUCCGAUCACGUGUGACAAGUACUUCUCCUGCCCGUCGAGCACCACUUGUUGUUGUGUCUAUGAGUAUGGCCGUCACUGCUUCGCCUGGGGAUGCUGUCCUGUUGAAGGUGCAACCUGCUGUGAAGAUCACCGCAGCUGCUGCCCCCCUGACUUCCCCGUCUGCAAUGUCCAGGCCGGAACUUGUCAACUGAGCAAAGACAACCCACUGGGAGUGAAAGCUCUUGAUCGCAUUCCUGCGAAGCCACAUUGGGCAUACUCGGAUGACGAGAGCAAGAAGAUCGAAAUAUGAAGAUUCAUGCAUUGAUUUCUUUGCAGAGAGAAUUAAGAUUGCCCCAGUGGCUCAAACUGCAUACUUCUCCCCUACUUUAUGAACUGAAAGCUUAGCUUGUUGCUUAUUUGACAACAUCUAUGUAAGUAUUCAAAUUUCUAAUGUCAGACAAGCCAAAAGAUGGUUUACUGCUUAAUCAUGUAUAAUUCAAGUUGUCAUUUGCUUUCCAAGAUACAACCUUCAAAUGAGAUGUUGUAUGGGCCCAUUCACUUUUCAUGAGCUUCAAAGAUUCAUUGAUGCUAAAGAAGGUCAGGGGAUUAGUUUAUGCCAUCUAGCUUCUGUUGUUCAUGUUGUUUUGUUGUUUCAUGAGAUGACAUGUUGGCAAUGAUGUCCUCAUCACCUAUUUCUAUUUACUAGCUAAUAUGUUAGACUUCAUCCUAUGUGCUUCCAUGUCCUCAGUUAGCUUACUCCAUGAAAGGUACUAAAAUGGGUUUCACUUGUUUGAUGUCUUCUUCCUUCAUCAUCAGUCUUCUGAAAACCUCAAUAACAAUGUUUUCUUUUUCUUGGUCUCUGUAAACACUGAAAGUUGCAGCUUCAAUUAGGUUUUCUGGGGUUAUUGUGCCAUUCUUCUGUCCUUGGGGAAAAGGGUGAUGAAGAAAGUUCCAUCGAGUCAACCUACUGUUGCAUUUUCCCAUAGAUGAUCACUUUCCUAUCACCACCUGUUCUAAACACACUCAUUGUUUGUCAAGGUGUUCCUAUCACAUCUUCUACACUUCCAGUGUCAACACAAUGAAGCCUCAAUGGACCUCAGACCUAACAAACAAUAAAAGCAAGAGAGUUUGACAUUAUGCUUGUGUGCAGUGCAGAGACACCAAAAGAACUUAAGUGGGUGGAUGAGAAAAAGAAGGAAUUAUAUAUGUCCUCCUCAAUCUAAUCAUGUGGUUCAUGAGUCUAUACUUGCCUAUGGCAUUAUGAAAAAGAGAAAGCAGUAAGCUUUCAACCACUGCCACCAAAUUGUGAGAACAAUUUGGAGUUUCAUGACUAGGAUAUCACUAGUUCUUGGUUUGCAAAAGCAACAAUGCAGGAAAAGGUUUCACCUCAGCCAAAAAGAUCUUAAAUAUAAAGCAUUAUAAGCUUCCCACCAUUGUCACCAAAUUGUGAGAUCAACUUGGACUUUCAUGACUAGGACAUCACUAGUUCUUGGUUUAGGAAAGCAACAGUGCAGGAAAUGGACUCAUCUAAAAAAAUCUUAAAUGUUUGCUCUUAUAUUGAUAAAUUUGAGAGAGAACUUAAGAAUAAUACUUUGGCAUUACCUAUACUUACAUAAUUAAGUU